AUGUUGUCCAAAGCAGUGAUCAUAUUCGCAUGUCUCUAUACAGUGACAGCAACACCACUCACUGAUAACCCACAUGAAGAUGAUACCAAUGAAAUAAACAAUAUAUCAGGCGACCCAGUAGAGUUGUCAGUCCGUAGCUGCGUAAACUCACAGUGCAACACUUUUUGUCGUCGCCAAGGAUUCGCUCGUGGAGUGUGCAUUAGCUCUACCAGAUGUCGGUGUACAGGGCGUUUAAUGCUGGAUGCUAAUCUGGAUGAUGUCACCUUAGAAAAGGAUAACCCAUCUGAUAAUGGCGCACUAGAUGCACAGACACUAGACACAUACGCCCGUAGCUGCGUAAACUCACAGUGCCACAAUCUAUGUCGCCGCUUAGGGUAUGCUCGCGGUGUCUGUGUCAGCUCUACUGUAUGUCGAUGCACAGGACGUUUAGUGAUGGAUGCUACCGUUGACGAUAUCGCCCUGGAAAAAGAUAACCCAUCUGAUAAUGGCGCACUAGAUGCACAGACACUAGACACAUACGCCCGUAGCUGCGUAAACUCACAGUGCCACAAUCUAUGUCGCCGCUUAGGGUAUGCUCGCGGUGUCUGCAUCAGCUCUACUGUAUGUCGAUGCACAGGACGUUUAGUGAUGGAUGCUACCGUUGACGAUAUCACCCUGGAAAAAGAUAACCCAUCUGAUAAUGGCGCACUAGAUGCACAGACACUAGACACAUACGCCCGUAGCUGCGUAAACUCACAGUGCCACAAUCUCUGUCGCCGCUUAGGGUAUGCUCGCGGUGUCUGUGUCAGCUCUACUGUAUGUCGAUGCACGGGACGCUUGAUGUUAGAUGCUACCGUCAAUGAUAGCGUGCCAGAAUAUGUAAUCCAAGGGAGAAGGCUGCUACCACAUAAAAGAUUAGGAGCUAGGACAGCAAAGUCAGAUAAAGCUGUUAAAUUUAAGUAUUGA